GAGCAUUAGAAAAAGCCAUAAUUGUAAAGUUUGCACAAAAAAAAUUCUUUUACCUAACGUGAAUGAGUAGCAAAGAAAGAGAAUCCUCUUCCCCUAGUUUUGUAGAAAUUCCUGUCGUUACAAUAACUUAUAAAGAACUUGAGGCCAAAGCAGAAGAAAUAAAAAACAAAAGAAGACUUCGAGAAAGAGAAAAAGGUCGUAGCAGUAAUUCCAAGCACGAGGCUGUGGCAAGAAAACUGUUACUAAAAAGCCUAAAUGGAGAGUCAUUGAAAACCACCAAGGCUAUAGAAGUUGCCGCUAGAAGAGCUGCUGAAGACCGUAGUUUUGGUCUUGAUAAAAGCUUUGAUAAUAAAAAGAAUUCUACCAAGAAUAGAGGUUUUAAGGUUGAAGAGGAAUGUAACGUUUACGAUCGGAAUAUUCCUUACACCAUAUCUGAUAACAGCGAGAGCGCUCUCGAAAAGGAUAAAAAAGAAUCGCGUAGAAGUAGAAGAUAUAAACCUGUCGGGCAAGAAUUUGAUUCUCAGGGAAGAUUUACUGGAAAAUAUCAACUUAAGAAUUUUAGUAUUGACCAAAAGAAAAGAGUUUCUUCUUGCGGCUCUUUAAACGUGAAGAGAAGAAAAGAACUAACUUUAUUAUGGAAAGACGCAUUGGCGUUUGUCUCCAAAAUUUCUGUGCUAAUCUCAAAUAUGAAAGUGGACUUAUCACUUUUGGAAGAAUUAAAAGCUGAAGAACGAAAGUUGCAAAUGGCAUUAACUGCAUGCAAUUUUUUGCAGCAAAUUUGUAUUAAAAUAGUUUCUUCGGAUCUUUCUUUUGCGCACUCUUGCGACCUCGAAACCGUUUUGUGGAGGAGCGCUUAUUACAAGUUAGUUGUUUGGUUCAGAACUCAAAUUGCUGACGUGAACGAAGCUAUAGUGAGACACAGAGAAACGCGCGAUAACACUUCUCUUUCUCCCGAGACCCGUAAAAGUGCAGAGGAAACUUUGAUAACUGCAACAUAUCAUCUCUCCAAAAUUUAUGAAACAUUUAUUACUUUUUUAAAAGAAGGGGUUGAGGGGUAUCGAAGCAUCAUUGAUACUCUCCAGCAGAACUAUAAGUUUACUUUGAAUGUUCACAUUAUCAAUGACUUGAAGGGGAGUCUAGAUCAAACAUAUAUUGAACUUCUGCCCCUUCAGGAAGAAGUAGAAGAAAGUUUACAAAGUUUUAAGAACUCUAAAGUUAUUAAACAGUCGAUACUAACAUGUCAUCGCUCGUUUAUUUGCGCGGGUGAUCUCGAGCGUUAUAUGCAACAGUACGCGUCAUCUGCCUCACUCCUGGACCUGCCCGCCUCCUCCACUACCCCUCUGCUCCACGGCUACCGCUUAGCCGCCUCUUAUUACUGCUGCGCACGAGGGCUCAUAUACAGAAAUUCCAAGCCUUACAACCAAUUGGCUGUCGUCUCCUUACACGAGGGCGAUUAUUUUUCCGCUGUCUACUUUUAUAUUCGUAGUUUGCUUGUGAUGAAACCGAUCCUCACCGCGAGAGAUAGUUUAACUCAAGUAUUUGAAUCAGUCAAAACUAAAAAUAAUGAUUUGCUGGAAUCUGUGGACCGAUUGGUGAUUGAACUCUCGAACAUUCACAUAAAAGAAAAGUAUAAAAGAAAAUCUUUUUUAAAAGAAGUCUGGAUUAUCGAUAACGUUUGCAAGUUUGAUUCUGAUGAACGCCACAAAGAAAAAAAAGAACGUAAAAACUUUCAGUUUUCUUUUGUAGAUUUUGAUAAAUACAAAGAAAAAUGUGCAGUUAACUGCGCUGAAGAAGAGGCUGCAGAUUUUCUUCUUUUGUAUCACGGAGCCUUAUUUUCUCGGACUGGCGUGGAACGUCUUUUUUCUUUCCAACACAAUUUUCUCAAUCGUGUACUUUUCGCCCAGAAAACGGGAACGAGUUUCUCUACAUCAUUUCUUCUCCGUGGUGCUGUUAUUUGCAUUUUCAGUUGCGAAGAACGAAUGGAUAUUCCCGUCAAAGUCUCCGGAACGCCCUUAUUGAAUGCCGAUGAGUUUCCUGCACUCACUGGUGGAAGCAAAACUGGCAAAGAUGAUACUUUUAAUGCGUUUUUGAAAAACCAAGAAAACGUUUUGUGGAAGUUUUCAUUUUCAUUUCUUAUUGAAUAUCUUCUUGUGUUAAUCCAAUUGGUCCUCGCUAAUACUGAAUUGGUUAAAACUGUUUUUCCGUGCAUAAAAAUUAUAUUUCUUUGGUUUGUUUCGCGGAAGGAUCUUGUGCUUCCCUUUUUGACAAGUGUAAUGUUUAGCCCCGAUAACGCAAGUUUUAUCAAAAAAGCUUUUGAAUUUUAUCCCGAACUUUUUCCGAAGUCUUAUAAAAAUAAAAUGGAAGAUGACGAUUUCUAUAUUUUAUAUUUUUGGAAACUUUUUUCAGAUUUAUUAAACUUUUGUGAUAAUAAUAACAAUAACAAUAAAAAUACUGAUAAUAAAUUUUUGUGGGAAGACCUAAUGGUGUUGGGAAUAAAGCCACUUAGCGAUGCCUAUGAAGUUUUUUUUGGUAAAGAAGUUUAUGACAACAUCGAUAUCAGAUUGAUAAAUGAUUCAUUUGCAAGUGAAAUAACACGCAGAAUCACAAUCUUAGGCAUCGGCACUUAUAUUGUUUCAGAACUUCUUCCGAUCUAUGAAUACGAUUAUUAUAAUUGUUGUGUUCAGAAUUGCGGUUUUUUUAGUCAACCUACAACAAGAGAAAGCAAUAGAAAUACUGUUUUAAGUAAAGUCCCAACCACUUUUGUAACAAGCACUCCUUCGCCAGUCGACACCCAACACCCGACUAUAAUAAAGGAAUUCACAACGGGGGAUACUGAAUGCCAAGAGUCAUCCUUUACACAUUUGAAAGAAAAACAACAACAACUUAUUGGCGCUAUAAAAACUAAACAAACUUACGAGAGUCUAUUAUCGGAAAAAAGGAAUGAAGAAAGCAUUGCUGUCGUUAUCCACGUGGCACCAGUGAACCUUGUUUUCGAUACAAAUUGCUUUAUAAGUUAUUUGCCCAUCAUACAAAAACUAUUGAACGCCCAAAAGUUUACUAUUAUCUGUCCACUUGUGGUAUUCAACGAAAUUACAGGGCUCACGAAAGGAGAGGAUGAAGGGAGCGCAACAGAACUUGUUAAUAGAGAUCGUGUAAACUUUUUAAAAGAAAAGUCAAGAGAAGCGCUGAUUUUCCUUAAAAAAGAGUUUGCACUGAAGAAUCCUUUUAUCAAAAUGAUGACUUUUAGCGGAAACGUUUUGAAUACUCUUAAGUUCAGAAAUGAACAGCAGAUUUAUUCGCCUCAACACAUCCUCGGUAACGACGACUUAAUUCUGCACGCAACAACAGAACUUUCGAAGCGGUCUUCUAUUAAAAAAGACACAGCCACGGAUCUAUUUCGGAACGUAGUUCUUGUGACCAAUGACAUCAAUUUAAAAACACGUGCUCAUUCGGAAAGACUGCCCGUUCACGAUAUGAAAAGUCUUAAAAAAAUUUUAUCCGAAUACUUAUCAAAUGAAAACGAAAGCCUUUUAUUAUAAUAAAU